ACUUCGUUGGCUGUCAGAGCAACACCUGGGCAGUGACGCCUGGUGCAUUUCUAUUGUGUAAAAUGAACUGUUUAGAUCAAAAGCGGACUAUAUCAUCGCCGACAUCACCUGUGAUACAUGCCGUUAUAAAGCACUGUGUUUAUUAUUGCAUGCAGCCGAAUGGUUAACCCAACGGAUAGAAUGAUGAGCACAUACUCUCCAUUCCAUACAAUGACUUGUAUUACGUAACAUCAAAUGGAAAGUGGAGGCAUCCAUUGAUGUCAUUAAAAUAAAGAUUAUACCCCUAGUACAUCAUCUGAUCAGUUAUACCUGGUGUUACCAGUUGCAACUAUGAGUAAGAGUAGCAGUGUUAGUGUGGCAUUAGGGGAAAAUGUCGUUCAUCCCAAGAAGACUAUUGUGUACCUGUUUGGUUUCCAAGUGUCCACUCUCCCACCUGCACCACAAUUUAUUCUCCUGUCGUCGGCUGUCUUUAUUUUCUACAUAGCAUAUGGAUAUAUGCUAGAACUGAUCUUUACUUUGGAAGGGAUGCAACCUCACGGCUGGUACCUAACGCUCGUGCAGUUUGCAUUUUAUACAGUAUUUGCUCUCCUUCAGAUUAUUUUAUCUGGUGGAACCAUUGCUAAGAAAAUACCUUUGAGAACCUACGUAAUAAUUGCUAUACUAACUGUUGGCACAAUGGGUUUCUCAAAUUCGUCUGUUGGGUAUCUAAACUAUCCUACCCAGGUUAUAUUCAAAUCUUGCAAGUUGAUACCGGUGAUGAUUGGCUCAAUAUUAAUUCUUGGGAAAAGAUAUUCCUUUGCCGAAGUGGUGUCCUGUCUAUGUAUGAGUACAGGAUUGAUCUGGUUCACACUCGCAGACUCGACAGUUCAGCCAGAUUUUUCUCUGACUGGUGUAGUGCUAGUAAGUCUAGCAUUGGUAUGUGAUGCUAUCAUUGGGAAUGUUCAGGAGGGAGCCAUAAAAAAAUACAACGAGGACGCAACACAUGUAGUCCUCUACUCCUAUAGUAUUGGCUUCUUCUUGAUUUUUAUUGGUCUUUUAUUAAUUGACCAGUUGGUGCCUGCCAUCUCCUUUGCCUCUCAGUUUCCGUGGGAAGUGUAUGGUCGUGCUGUGUUGCUCUCUGCUGCAGGGUUCUGUGGGGUGCAGGUGGUGCUGACUUUGGUAACCCUCUACGGAGCACUGAUUGCUGUCACCGUCACCACCUGCCGCAAGGCCCUCACCAUAUGCUUAUCUUUCCUUCUCUUCAGUAAACCAUUUACCAUACAAUAUGUGUGGGGUGGAUUGCUAGUUGUUGCUGGGAUAUAUUUAAAUAUCUAUGGGAAGAAAAGCAAGAGCUCUACGCCCUUCUUAGUAUCCAUUCAGCAGAUGUACAUGCAGAUUCAGCAGCAUCUUGCUCCAAAAAUUAGCAAAAUUAGUGAAGGUCGUCAAGUUGAUGAAUUUAAGGUGACAGUUGAUUCUGAAGGUAAGAGAAAUGUUAAAAACAAUGCAAAUGAAUGCCAUACAAGAAAUCUUUGCACUGAUAAGUGCUCACCUCUUGAUGAUGACUGGGUAGUACUUGAUAACAAUCUUCCACUUGUCCAUGAAAAGGGUGAUGACCGUGCAAUGUAAUCAGUGUUGUUGAAGUCAAAAGACUACUUUUGUGAAAAGAUUAUUUAUGAAAAUCAACUUUAUAUAAUACCUAUACUGUACUGUACUGUAGUUUGUAGCUACAGUAUAUUCUGUAUGUACAGUAUAUUCAGCAAUACAAGGUGUGUGUGAUGGUAUUGCAAUGAAACGUGCAUAAUACAGUAUAUGUGUAAUUACCUAAGUAUGAUAGUAGUAGUAGUAGUAGAUUACCUAAGUAGCACAGGAUGAGAGCUAUGUUCGUGGUGUCCCGUCUUCCCAGUACUCUUUUUCGUACUGUAUAACGCUUUGAAAUUACUGAUGGGUUUUGCCUCCACCACCUUCAUUAAGGCACAGAUUAAAACUAAAAGAAAAAAUUGAAUACGUUGACGCUAUUUCUUCAGCAGCUUUAGUUUGCGCUUUGAGAGCUGUUUUGUGUUUAAAUCUCAAUUACAGCCUGAAAUAGAACUUGAUAACUUUGCAAAUAUCAGAUUGAUUGUUUCUUUGAGUGGAAACCUUAAAAAACUGGAAUAUUGAAUAACAAUGCAUACGAGACUGUUUAUUUUAUAAAUCUGGAAGAAGAAUCUAUGGUAAAUGUUUAGUGAAGGAGGCUAAUACAGAGGCUAUACAAAUUAAGCAUGAUUAUAAACAUUCCUACUGUUGAAGCCUAACCACUUGGGCUGGACGGUAGAGCGACGGUCUUGCUUCGUGCAGGUCGGCAUUCUAUCCCCGACCGUCCAAGUGGUUGGGCACCAUUCCUUCUCUUUCCAUCCCCCCCCGUCCCAUCCCCAAUCCUUAUCCUGACUCCCUUCCCAGUACUAUAUAGUCAUAAUGGCUUGGCGCAUUCCCCUGAUAGUUCCUCCUUCCUGCUGAAUUUAUUAAUGAUAAAGUUCAACCUGAUUUGAAUUUUUGAGAGCCCAUAUACAGCAACUCCUGUAUAUACAGUGAGCAAAAUGUGCUCGAGUAACUCUGAAUCAACCUUGCACUAACGUCUUUGUCCAAAUUUACUUCCGGAGAGUGAUAAUAUAGAUACAUCAAGGGUGAUAAAUGUUUACAUAUUUACCUUGCAUGCUAUGUACAUGUGUGUGUGUAUAUAUAUAUGUGCACACCAGUCAAUUUAUAUGAAAAUUAUAGACUUCGAGAAAAAAUUAUAACAAUUUUAAUAAGUUUAUUAAUAUUUAGGAAAAUCUUCCUCCAUCCUCAGACAAAAAAAAAAUAGCCAGUAAUGCAGUAUUUACAUGUGUAUGAUAACAAUUAUGUAUUGGUUUCUGUCUGUAUAAACUAGUCAAUAUAAAAUACAGUGUUUCAAAACAAUAAAUAAUUGACAAAUUGUCAGUGUAUAAUAUAUAAAUCACAUAUAUCACAUAUAUAAAUCAUAACAAUUGAUAAAAAGAAGUGGAAAUAACAGGAACAAAUGACAACAGCAAAUAAA